AUGGGAGGCACUGUCUCCGGGAUGGUUCAAGUUAACACCGAUGGUGCUUCGCUUGGCAAUCCUGGAGCAGCAGGAGCAGCUGGGAUAGCGAUUGACCAAGGAUUGAUGCCGUUAUGGAUAGAGACAGACUCAACGGCAUGCAUCUCUCUGAUCUCCACCGAGACAAGCCACUGGGCUCUCCAACGAUGCCUUAUGUGUAUUCGGUUGCGGCUUAGGGAUGCGACUUGGAGGAUAUCUCAUAUAUAUAGAGAGGGGAACCGCGUCGCAGAUGCCUUAGCGACUUUAGCGGUUUCUCUCCUGAUUGAACGAAUACUUCUCCCUUCAGAUAUUCCUUUGUCGAUUAGAGGCCUCCUUCGAGCGGAUGCUGACGGUCUCUCGACCUUCCACUUCAGCUAG